AUGACUGGUCGCGGUAAAGGAGGCAAAGGCUUGGGGAAAAAGGAGGCGCCAAGCGUCAUCGCAAAGUGCUGCGAGAUAACAUCCAGGGUAUCACUAAGCCAGCAAUCCGCCGUUUGGGCUCGUCGCGGCGGUGUGAAGCGCAUCUCGGGACUCAUUUACGAGGAAACACGUGGCGUUCUGAAGGUGUUCUUGGAGAACGUUAUCCGCGAUGCCGUCACCUACACCGAACACGCCAAGAGGAAGACUGUCACAGCCAUGGAUGUUGUGUACGCUCUGAAGAGGCAAGGCCGCACCCUGUACGGCUUCGGCGGUUAA